AUGAGCGGCAUCAAAGAUACAGUUCUGCUGGACCCCGUCAGACGGCAGAACCCGUUUGAGAACAUCACUGAAGGGUUCAUCAACCAGCAUCACUUUCUUAUAGAAAAUGCAAAAAGCUCAAGGGAAUGGGAUUCAAAGUCCCUGGCCUAUGAAUUGUCAGAACUUUCGUGGAGCAAAGUCGUGGAUGAUGUAGUUGAUGCCACUGCCAAAGUGCUGAGGAACAUCCCCAUACUAAGACAUGUGGUAGGGCCUCCUUUAGAACAUGCUGCUCAGGUCAACAAACUGCUGGCUCAACAAAAGGCCGCUACAAGUUAUUCAGAAUGGCGGGCUACAAGUUUGAAGCUGGACAAGUUACUUCAAAACGAUGCCUGGAAGAAAAAGAUGCAAUGCACUCUGUAUGACUACGAGCUCAUCAACAACCAGCUGGAACAGCUGAGAACAGCGAGGCAGUCUGGCGACUACAAAAAACUUCUCUUUCUGAUAAGAACAGGCAUAUCCAGAAAUAUAGGAAAUAUGGGGAAUGUCAACUUAUAUAGACACUCUCAUGUUGGAACCAAGAGCCUGAUUGAAGAUUUCCUAGCUGAGUGUGAACUAUCGCUUGAGACGCUUUCCAGAGGAGACACCGGAUUGGACGACUCGUUUGUCCUUGGAACGUUCAUACAGACCCGGAAGAAUGUAGGAAGAACGGCCUUGGUGUUAUCUGGAGGUGGCACCUUUGGAAUGCUUCAUAUUGGUGUUUUGGCUACAUUGCUGGAAGAGGGCCUGUUGCCAAAGAUCAUUGCAGGUUCUUCUGCUGGUGCGAUUGUUGCGAGUAUUCUUUGUUCGAGAACAUCUGAAGGCCUCAAGGAGCUGAUGGUUACUCUAACUCAAUCUACAUUUGAGGUUUUUGACAAAAAACCUGGCGAUGGGUUCCUGGGAUGCAUGGCGAGGUUCUUGAAGUAUGGAACUUAUUUCGAUAUCAGUAAUCUACAGGAUACGAUGAAGGAAUUUCUUGGUGAUCUCACGUUCAGGGAAUGCUACAACAGAACUGGUAGGAUCCUGAAUGUCACUGUCUCAGCUGCCUCUGUGCAUGAACAACCAACCCUGCUCAAUUACUUGACUGCUCCCAAUGUGCUGAUAUGGUCUGCAGUAUGUGCUAGUUGCUCCCUCCCUGGAGUAUUCGCAUCGUCCACGAUUUAUGAAAAGAUGAGGACAAACGAGAUCCAAGAGUGGAGCAAUCCAAUGAUCAAGUUCGUGGACGGAUCUGUUCACGGUGACUUGCCCAUUACCAGACUUUCUGAGAUGUUCAAUGUUGACCAUAUAAUUGCAUGUCAGGUCAAUCCUCAUAUUGCCCCGUGGCUCAAGAUGUCUAUUGAAUGCGUUGGAGGGGAGAUGGAAAACGAAGUAUCUGCAAAGAUCAAGAGAAUGCUCAAUAGAACGUACGGUUUUUGGGUAGAUGAGGCGAUGCAUUAUCUGGAGGUGUGCAACGAGAUCGGAAUCGCAACCAACUUGUGCACCAAGCUCAUUUCUGUUGUAUCGCAGAAGUACUCUGGAGAUAUAACGAUUCUCCCUGACCUGAGAGUUUUGGAAUAUACCAAAGUUCUGAAAAACCCAACUCCGGAGUUCAUUCUGGAUGCUACGGUCAGAGGAGCCAGAGCUACUUGGUCCAAACUUUCUAUCAUCAACAACCAUUGUGCUGUGGAAUUUGCACUGGAUCGUUCGAUCACCACCAUCAGGUCCAGGUUGAUAUUGUCCAGAGGAACCAGCGUGGGGUCUUCUCCGGUGAGUUUGUUAAACCUUCACAAAGUGUAUCUAAAUCACCAGAAGAAGAACACAAAGAGAAACCAUGACCGCAGGAGCUCAGAUAAUAUUCCCGUUAACGGCAGUACCCUAUCACUGAGGAGAGUCAGGUCGAAAAGCUGGCAAAUUGCCCAUGGUCGCCGCAACAGCAACCCCGAGAAUUCCAUUCCAACGACUAGACUUGGUACCAAUCGCAUGGUGCAUGCUUCUUCCAUUCCAAGUUCAAGCCCGGUGACGCUGCCGGUAUCACCAUACUCCACAAAGAUCACAUCCUCGUAUUUCGACGAGACCCACAGCCCUACCCACCAUCGGCAAGGAAGGCAAUCUGAUCUGAUGGCAAAGAGGAUUGACAGUUCUAUCUCCAAGAGUCCUGUUCCGAAGGUGAUGAUGAAUGCCAACGGAAUCCCACGGCUACAGUCAAGGCUGAGAGCCCAAUCCUUCAGAGAUGUGAAUGAGCCGGUUCCACCGGCCAGUCCACUGAGGACUCGUUCAGGAAACAUGACUUACGGCUCGCUUGUGGAUUUCAAGGAAAACUAUCAAAUAACACAGGGCCAGAUAAUCGGAACCAUGGAUGACGAUUUCGCCAGAGAUGGGGCUGAUGACCACCAGGAUAAAGAAGACGACAAUCCCGACGAUCAAAUGGAAACAAGUUUUGAUAAUAAUGAGAUUGACCAAGUUCAGCAAGGGUUCUCGUAUUAUGAUGAGUCCGACUAUGACGAUGGCGAGUUUGUUGCAAGCGUGAGUGCCCCCAACUCCAGAGGCAAGUGA